AUGGCUACUAACGGUAACUUCGCGCAGCAGGAGCAGUACAAGGCUGCUGAUCCUGCUGCUGGCGCCGAGACGAACAACAACAGCGCUACUCUUUCAAAAGAUGAAGUCGGCUGGUAUUUUGUUGAGCAGUACUACACAACUCUGAGCAAGUCGCCAGAGAAGCUUCACCUCUUUUACAGCAAACGAUCGCAGUUUGUUUACGGUCGCGAGACUGAAGUGGCCAACGUCUCUGUUGGACGACAUGCCAUCCAGGAGCGUAUCAAGGCUCUUGACUUCCAGGACUGCAAAGUCUGUGUCACCAAUGUCGACUCUCAGGCUUCCUUUGAUAAUAUUGUCAUCCAGGUCAUUGGCGAGACCUCCAAUAAGAAUGGCGAGCCCAAGAAGUUUGUUCAGACCUUCGUCCUUGCGCAACAACCUUCUGGGUAUUUUGUCCUCAAUGACAUCUGGAGAUACAUUAUCGAUGGGGAUGAGGAUGAGGAAGCGGCCGCCGAGCCUUCCGACGCCCCUGCUGUUAUUGAAGAGGAGACCGCCGCUCCGGCUGUUGCUGUGACUGAACCGGAACCUGUGCCGGAGCCGGAGCCGGAGCCCGUGGCGGAGAUUAUCACGGAGGACUCCAUCAAGUUUGAUGCUGAUGCUGUUGACGAGAAGCUUCAACAGGCUGCUUCUGCUCAGGUCGAUACCCCUGUCAAUGGUGAAGAUGCCAUUGAGACCCCCAAGGCUCCCGAACCCAAGGUUGAGCCAGCCGUCCCUGCCCAGGAAGUCUCUGAGAACCUCACCCCCGAGGCUGAGAGGCCUAAGGAGCCCAGCCCAACACCUGUGGCUAAAAAGGAGCCUGUUCCCGAACCCGCCAUGCCUCCCAAGCCGAUGACCUGGGCCAGCCGAGCUGCUGCCGCCGCGGGACCCCGACCUGUCGUACCUCUUCCCAAGACUGCUACUCCCCCUGCACAGAGCCAGAGUAGAGCUCCUGCUCCUGCUCCCGCUCCCGCUCCCGCUCCCGCUCCCGCCGCUGCUCCCGCCGCCUCAGCCCAGCCAGCAGCCCCUGCCGCCGCCGCUCCUGCCACCGAGGUUCCGGCUAAGGAGUCGUCUGGCUGGCAGACUGCUGGUGUCGACUCUAAGCGCCAGAACCGCCCUCAGUCCAUCUCUGGGAACGCCGCUGAGAAGGAGGGCACCCUUGGCUACGUCAAGUACGUGACCGAGAAGGUUCAGGAAGCAGACCUGCGCAAUGCUUUGGCUACCCACGGUGAGCUGUUAUACUUUGACAUCAACCGUCAAAAGAACUGUGCCUUUGUAGAAUACAAGACCUUCGAGGGCUACCAUGCCGCAGUUUCUGCUAAUCCCCACGUUGUCAACGGUGAGAACAUCGUUGUUGAGCCCCGUCGUCCCAAGUCUACAGCCUACGGUGGUAACAACUACGGUUCCGGUCGAGGUAAUGCUUCUGGUGGCCGUGGACGUGGAGGUUUCGAUGGCAACCGCAAUACACAGGGCAGCUCUCGUGGUAACUUCUCCGGCCAGAACCGUGGCCGUGGAGGUGGUGCCCGUGGCCGAGGUGGUGCCCAGGCCAGCUCCUCCUAA